AAACAUUUUGAUCAGUCCGGCCGCAUUGAUGUAAUCAGUUAAUUUGGCAACACUUUUUCAGUCUCCAUCUUUUUUCGCAAAAAAAAAAACCAAAGCUUGUGAAAAUUUGACGAAGGUGGAAAGAACAUAAGUUUUAAUAUAUAAUUCUGUGUGUGCAAAGAACUAUUAAAUACUAAAUAUGCCAAGAGAUUAUGAUCGUGAUUACAAUGACGAUACCACAGAUUACAAAAGGAAAAGGCGUACAGACGAUGAAGCCGGUGGUGGUAGUAAUACGGGUGCUGGCAGUAGUGGAGAUAUGGAUGGACAUGGACGCGGACAGGAUCAUGGACAAGCAAUGCAAUCUCAUGACGCACCACCACUAAACGAAAAAACUAACUCCUAUCUGGAGCAAUGUGAACAAGAAAAGAAGACGCUUGGUAAAGAUCAUACUGUUUGCAAGCGUUUAAUAGACGAUGAAAUUGAGAAAAUUUUAGUUAGCGGACGCAUACCAAAGCCAGAAAUCUACGCAAAUGUAUAUAGUGAAAAACCAAUACGUGUCGCACAAAAAGUAUUAUUCCCGAUUAAGGAAUAUCCGAAAUUUAAUUUUGUUGGUAAGAUACUGGGACCAAAAGGCAAUACAUUGCGCCAAUUACAAGAAGAAACAUUUUGCAAAAUGGUCGUUAUGGGACGUAAUUCUAUGCGCGAUCACGCUAAAGAGGAGGAAUUACGAAACUCCGGUAAUCCAAAGUACGCACAUCUCAGUCGCGAUUUGCAUGUGGAAAUAUCAACGGUGGCACCACCUUCGGAAGCAUAUCAUCGUUUAGCAUAUGCUUUAGCUGAAAUUCGAAAGUUCAUGAUACCAGAUGCAAAUGACGAUAUACGCAUGGAGCAAAUGCGUGAAAUGGACGGCAAAGAGCGUAUGUACAAAAAAACUCAUUACUCGAAAUCAUACGGUGAGCAUGCUGUCUAUAGCUGUCGUACGCCACCACCACCUGCAUUUGAGAAGUCAUCUAAACCGAAGGUUUACUCAAUUUUAGAGAAGGCACGUUAUGUUAUGGAGGAUCCAGGUUAUGGCCUAGUAAAAUCACACAGAUCACGUGAUCAUGAAUUGUACGAGCACCAUGGUGAAUAUGAUCGUUAUACGCCACCGCCACCAUCAAAACAUUCAAGUACCCAUCAUGCGCCAUACGAAAGUGGUUCGUAUGAGCGUGAUUAUCGUCGCGAAUAUCAUCCGCACUCAUCCUCAUACACAGCUGCAUAUCCAGCUAAACCAAGCAACGGUCGUUCUUCAUCGUCAUACCGACCUGCAACAUCGGGCUCGCACUCCUCCUCACACUACGAAGCAGGAUCUCGCUCACGGGGGGAAAGCGUACGUUAUCGUUCGGCACCAUAUCCGAAAUUGCGUUAAAAUGUAAAUAAAAGCAUUUUACACAACAAGAGAACAACUCUACAAAAUGAGUAUGACUACCAAUCCAUGUUGCAAACAAAAAAAAAAAAGAAAAA